AUGGGGAAUAUUCAUACAGUGGGGCCUAGUGAGGCCCUUGUUAUCUCCGGUGGAUGCUGUGGAGCUGCGAAUGUGCGUACGAUAAUUGGUGGAUGGGGGUGGGCUUGGUGGCUUAUCACUCAGGUUCAGAAGAUUUCACUAGGAGUAAUGACAUUAAAUCCGGUUUGCGAAAACGUGGAAACAUCAGAGGGUGUUCCUUUAACUGUGACAGGCGUAGCACAGGUCAAAGUGAUGCGGGACGAUAAGCUGCUUGAGGUAGCGUGUCAGCAAUUUUUAGGGAAAAAACAACGAGAUAUUCAAAACACCAUACUUCAAACAAUGGAAGGACAUUUAAGAGCUAUACUUGGAACUUUGUCAGUAGAAGCCAUCUACCGUGAUCGUGAUCAGUUUGCUGCCCUGGUUCGUGAGGUGGCUGCGCCGGAUGUAGGACGAAUGGGAAUCGAAAUAUUAAGUUUUACCAUAAAAGAUGUUUACGACCGUGUGGAAUAUUUGAAUUCUUUAGGACGUGCACAAACUGCAAAUGUAAAAAGAGAUGCUGACAUUGGCGUUGCUGAAGCUGAACGAGACGCAGGAAUUAAGGAAGCAGAAUGUGAUCGCUCUCGUCUGGAUGUUCGUUAUUCAGCUGAUACGCAUAUUGCAAAUUCAAGUCGUGAAUUUCAGCUGAAAAAAGCUAGUUUUGAUCAGGAGGUUAACACAGCUCGUGCUGAGUCUGAAUUGGCCUACAAAUUACAGGCUGCUAAAGAGAGACAAAAAAUUCGAACAGAAGAAGUGAACAUUAAUAUUGUUGAACGUCGUAAGCAAAUUGAAAUUGAAGAAAAAGGCAUAUUAUGUACUGAAAAAAAUAUGGAUGCUACUGUGCGUCGUCCAGCCGAAGCAGAAGCUUAUAGAUUACAACAAAUAGCUGAGGGUUAUAGAUCACAGAAAAUCCUUUUAGCUCAAGCUGAAGCCGAUGGUAUUCGUCUUAAAGGUAUUGCGAAAGCUGAAGCCAUGGAAGCUGUUGGACGAGCAGAAGCAGAGAGAAUGCGUUUGAGAGCUGAAGCUUAUAGCAAAUACGGUGAUGCUGCUAUUCUAAACCUCAUAUUGGAUACACUACCGCAAAUAGCUGCUGAAGUUGCUGCUCCACUGAGCAAAACUAAAGAAAUUGUCAUUAUGAAUGGGUCUACUGGUGAUGCAGCUAAUUUACAAUGUCUUACCAAUUUGGGUAAAGAUUUUACUACAUUAGUAGGAACUGUUCCUCAUGCUAUUCGAGCUCUAACAAACGUUGAUCUCAGUCAGACUAUUUCCAAGAUUCCAGGAGCUAAAGUUGUUCCACCAUAA